GAAAUUUGGUGAAUCCACGGCAGCUGCGCAGUGAAUCCACGUAAUCAAUGUAACUCGUGAUAUCAACGCAUUUACCGCGGGGUUAAAAGCGUGAACACAUAUUCAAGGCACGCAGUCCUCAAAUUAGAAAAGGAAGAAAAACCGCAGGGCAGUUGUUCAGGCUUUGAACAAGAAUAACCAGAAUUGUGGCAGUAUAAAUACGGGCUGCAAGAGAUUUCAGAUCUACAGGGAUGAAUUUUAUCGUGUGGAGGAGAAUUCUUUGCAUCUUUAUCUAAGACGUGUUGUGCUUUUGCGGUUUGGUCUUAUGGCGACUCCAUUAACGGGACUUCAUCAGCAGCAUGCGCAGCUGCUGCUGGCGCCGGCAAUUGUAGCUGGGGGUUCUUCGAGAGGGGGAUACGUGCGCCAUUCUGCGCUGAAGUCACCCAUUUUGGUGUUUCUUUUCUUUCACAAGGCCCUUCGCUGCGAGCUCGAGAGGCUUCACAUGGAAGCGCUCGCAAUCGAGAAGGAGAGCGGCGGGGAUAUUCGAACCCUGCUCGAACGUUACCACUUCUUGAGAGUCAUGUACAAACACCAUAGCAAUGCAGAGGAUGAGGUAAUCUUUCCAGCUCUUGAUUCACGUGUAAAGAAUGUUGCACGGACAUAUUCUUUGGAGCACAAAGGGGAAAGUGAUUUGUUUGAUCAGGUAUUUGAACUCUUAAAUUCAGCACUGAAAGACAACCACAAUGGUUCUCUGAAGUUACGCCGGGAGCUUGUUUGCUGCACAGAAGCUAUUCAGACAUCUCUUUGUCAACAUAUGUCGAAAGAAGCAGAGCAGGUUUUCCCACUGCUUAUACAACAAUUUUCCUUUGAGGAGCAGGCUGCACUAGUGUGGCAGUUCAUGUGCAGCAUCCCUGUGAACCUGAUGGAAGAGUUUCUUCCAUGGCUUACUUCCUAUCUUUCCUCUGAUGAACGACAGGACAUGAUUAAGUGUAUGAGAAAAAUUGUUCCUGAGGAAAAGCUUCUUCAACAGGUUGUGUUCACCUGGCUGAAAGAAAAGAGCUUGCUGGUUGAUGUAGAAGAAGUAUCUAGAGAUGAGAGUAAAACAAUGUCGUCUAUUUCAGAAGGAAUGUUGUCUUCUGAAGUUACCGCAACAGAAAAUCAAAUUGGACAAUGUUCCAGUGUAAGGGAAUGCUGUAAGAUUAAAUGCAAAAAGUCACAUUCAGUUACAAAUAAUCAUGUGGAUAAGAAUGCUGAUGGGCUGGGUAAAUUUCCAAUUGAUGAGAUAUUACAUUGGCACAAUGCUAUCAGAAAGGAACUGAAAGAACUUGCAGAGGAAGCACACAAAAUACAACUUUCAGGAGAUUUUUCAAAUUUGUCCUCUUUUAAUGGUCGUUUAGAGUUACUUGCAGAAAUUUGUAUCUUUCAUAGUGUUGCAGAGGACAAGAUUAUAUUUCCAGCUGUUGAUCAGAAGGUUAAAAGGGGCAUGUCCUUUGCGUAUGAGCAUGCCAAAGAAGAAAGUCAAUUCGAUGAUUUGCGUCAACUUAUAGAAAGCAUUCAAAAUGCUGGAGCCAGCUCAAGUACAUCAGAAUUUCAUGAGAAGCUUUGUGCACGGGCUGACCAAAUAUUAGAAACCAUUGAGCAGCAUUUUCUUAGUGAGGAGCAUGAGGUUAUUCCUCUUGCACGCGAGCACUGUAGUGUGACAGAGCAACGUGUUCUUUUAUACCAAAGUUUACGAGUAAUGCCUCUGAAAUCGUUAGAACGUGUCCUACCAUGGAUUGUGGGAAUGUUACAGGAAGAGGAGGCAAAAAAUAUGCUUCAGAAUAUACGUCUAGCAGCUCCUGCUUCUGAUAUGGCCCUAGUCACAUUGUUUUCUGGCUGGGCAUGUAAAGGACGCCCACAAAAUAUGUCUAGAUCAGGGAGAUUCCAGUGUAUAUCUUCAAAUUGUUCAAAUGAUUGCCAUGUUAAAAGGAUUAGUGAAAUGGGGUUAGGCACAAACGAAAACUGUGGUAUUUGUUGCAUUGUGUCAGAUAAUAGAGGUGAUCAUUCCACAGAGAUUUCUGAAAGGCCACUCAAACGGCCUCAUUAUGGAAGAACAGAGAGAGAGGAUGAUAUUUCUGAUCAAAGCACCUUGGAAGAUGCUACAUGUUUAUCAGUAACCUCACAUGCAAGGCAGCCUUGCUGUGUUCCUGGUCUGGGAGUAACUAGUAACAACCUAGGAGUAGGAACGAUUUCUUCAGGAAGGAACUUACGUGCCCUUUCCUUCAAUUCUCCAGUUACUCCCUCCCUAAGUUCGAGUUUGUUUGGUUUUGGAACUGAUAUUGGCUCAUAUGACAUGGGUCAAGCACCCAAGCCGAUUGAUCAUAUAUUUCAGUUUCACAAGGCCAUUCGAAAAGAUCUUGAAUAUUUGGAUGUUGAGUCAGCAAAGCUUACAGAUUGCGAUGAGACAUUUCUUCGACACUUCUGUGGACGCUUCCGUCUGCUGUGGGGGCUUUAUCGUGCUCAUAGUAAUGCAGAAGAUGAGAUUGUCUUUCCAGCCUUAGAGGCCAAAGAGUCUCUUCAUAAUGUUAGCCAUUCAUAUACUAUUGACCACAAGCAAGAGGAGCAACUUUUUGAUGAUAUUUCUUGUGUCCUUUCAGAACUCUCACAGUUGCAUGAUGAUUUGACAGGGAAUGACAAUCUUUCAAAUGUUGGUGGGAAAGAGACGUGUUUGCAUCGCUAUCAACCUGGGGAUUGGAUACAGAAGCAUCAAGAUCUGGCUGCAAAGCUUCAACGCAUGUGCAAAUCAAUACGAGUUGCAUUAGAUCAACAUGUGUUCCGAGAAGAGUUGGAAUUAUGGCCAUUGUUUGACAGUCAUUUUACUGUAGAAGAACAGGACAAGAUUGUAGGACGCAUAAUAGGGACCACUGGUGCAGAAGUGCUGCAGUCAAUGCUGCCAUGGGUGACAAGCGUUCUCACCCAAGAAGAACAGAACACGAUGAUGGAUACAUGGCGGCAGGCAACUAAAAAUACAAUGUUUGAUGAAUGGCUUAGUGCUUGGUGGAAAGAAUCACCAUCUUCUCAGGAAACGCUUUCCUUAGAGGAACAACCUCAACCACCUUCAGGGCAAACUAUCCAUGAAUGUUUUGAGAAAGGAACCCAGAAGUUCAAGCCUGGGUGGAAGGACAUUUUUAGAAUGAAUCAGAAUGAGCUUGAAUCUGCGAUAAGGAAGGUGUCAAGUGAUGCUUCUCUGGAUCCACGCCAAAAAGCAUAUCUUAUUCAGAACCUCAUGACAAGUCGGUGGAUAGCUGCCCAGCAGAAGUUGCCCCAGUCAGGAGCAGGUCACUCUGGGGAUGAAGAUAUCCUUGGGCACUGUCCAUCAUAUCGAGAUCCAGAUCAGAAAGAUUUUGGAUGUGAGCAUUACAAACGGAACUGCAAGUUGCGGGCUGCUUGUUGUGACCAACUUUUUACAUGUAGGUUCUGUCAUGACAAAGUCAGUGACCAUUCAAUGGACAGGCGAGCAACAACAGAGAUGAUGUGCAUGAAAUGCCUACAAAUCCAACCUGUUGCAUCAAGUUGUAUAACACCUACCUGUGAAGGAUUCUCUAUGGCAAAGUAUUUCUGCAACAUUUGCAAGUUCUUUGAUGAUGAAAGGGAAAUAUACCAUUGCCCAUUUUGCAAUUUAUGUCGUGUGGGGAAAGGACUUGGGAUUGAUUUCUUUCAUUGCAUGACUUGCAAUGCUUGCAUGUCAAAGACCCUAGCUGUGCACAGAUGUCGGGAAAAAGGUCUGGAGUCAAAUUGCCCAAUAUGUCAUGAUUUUCUUUUCACUUCCAGUGCUCCAGUUAAAGCCCUUCCCUGUGGCCACUUUAUGCAUUCGGCUUGUUUUCAGGCUUACACUUGUAGUCACUAUACAUGCCCAAUAUGUAGCAAGUCACUGGGAGACAUGGCUGUGUAUUUUGGAAUGCUUGAUGCUCUAUUGUCUGCAGAAGAGCUUCCAGAGGAAUACCGAGGGCGUACACAGGAUAUCCUUUGUAAUGAUUGUGAAAAGAAAGGAGUGGCACCAUUUCACUGGUUGUACCACAAGUGUAGUUCCUGUGGUUCAUACAACACAAGGGUGAUUUAGUUUUGGAAGUCAAGUUAAUUUCUACGGGAGUCUGAAAGCAGUUGUCUCUAAUUAACUUUGCCUGGAGAAGUCUCUGGCAGUUUUAUCGUGCAGGAUGUGUAGUAAAAGAGCAAUGAUCAUACAACUAUGAAACACAAUUGGGAUAAGCAAACAACAUUGCCCAGAAUGAGAAGAAGAUGGGAGCUACAUUGUUUACUGACAACGUGCAGAAAAGAAUCUGAAGAACAAGCAAUUAGAAAUUGAGUAUCUGAUGUAUAUUGCAAUGUUCAUUCAGGAUGGAAGCAAGGUUCUUUCAGUAUUACAAGUGGGCAUAGUUCAUUAUGGGAUACACAUCUUCAUCAUAUGAUUGAAUGUGGGCAGAAUGAAAUUGGUAUUCAAUUUGGAUGCCACAAGAAGGUUCGUCUUUUUUGGAGUUGCACCUUAAAAAUACUUAAUUGUUCAUCUUCUGUAGUAAUUGGUUCAUCAUACCCUCCUUUUCAAAAUCAUAAUUAAAGCCUGUAACAUAUGUAAUCAUUUUACAAUGGCCUCAAGAGUGUACAUCCCAAAAUAUCAUUUAUUUUUCUCUGCAAACCUUUUUUGGUAGAAUCAUCUUGACAUUGAAAGGUGGCGUUUAUGAAAUCCACUCUGAAAGUUCAGCCUGCAGCAAUCUUAUUCAAUAAACAAGAUUUGUUAAAUUGGCUGUUGCUUGUAGGUGUUCAUUGAAAGGUGGUGUUCAUUGAAAUCUACUUUGAAAGUUUAGCCUGCAGCAAUCCUAUUCAAUAAAAAGGCUGUCAAAUUAACUGUUAA